AUGGCUCGAGAAAGCAACGCCCCGAUCGAUCUUACCACCCCGGUGAAACCGAAAGAAAAGACGAGCCGUCCUCAACAACCACACCAGCCAGAGUUCGGGGUGCCAUCACCACUCGGCCGCCAGACCUACCCGCAAAGCCACGGCAACAACCCUUUUAAUAUCCCCAAGCAGAACCGCCCUAGACCAGAGCACCAUAGAUCACAGCAAAGCCACCGACCGCACAACCCUCUUCAUCAAGAUGCGAGCCGGCCCAACCUUCCUCCUCCCCACGCCGUAUCCACGCCGAAGAAACGGGAGCCGUUCGAUCCCUUCAAACCUGUCCGUCCUUCCGCAUACAAUGAGAACCGAAUGUCCCGCCCUGUCAAUAAUGACGCCUUUGCGAUCCGUCGUCCCGAGAAUCUUACGUUCGCCACGCCUAAAGCCCCAAAGACCUUCUUUGCCAACAAGGCUUCUCCGUUGAAACAGACUACCGCGGCUAAGAACUUGCAGAACUUUGUCGACUUGACAACAUCAACACCCAGUGGAGGUGGAUUUACCACUUCUCGAACGCCCCGCUUCGGAGUUUCAGACGCAAGCGACUGGGUCGAUACAGCGAAGGCUAACGAAAAUAUCAAGGCGCUGCUAGAAGGAGCGUUUGAAGACGAAGAUGAAAAGCAAUCAAAGCCCAAGGGCAAUAAGAAGAAGAAUAAGAAGAAGAAGGACAAGGAAAAGAAACAAGAGAGCGAGAGCCCGAAGGCCAAAGAUGAAAGCCUGGAUAUAGAUGACCUUGCCGCUCAGCUGCAGGGAGUGAGUGUCAAUGAGACUCAAAGCGCCGAGGACGACGACGAUUCGACCACUAAAGGGAAUGCUGAAGAAGCAGAAGCCCAGGAGACUGAGGACGAGAAGGACGCCAGUGACGCAUCGGAAACCGAGGAGGAUAGUGAAGACGAAGACGACGAUGGGGUUGUCGAGGGACUAAAGGUUCAACUGCUCCCCCACCAGCGGCAGGGAGUCAACUGGAUGUGCGCCAAAGAAAUUGGCUCACUGAAGCCUAAAAAAGAAGAGAAGGGUGUACUGCCAAAGGGUGGAAUUCUUGCAGAUGAUAUGGGUCUUGGAAAGACGGUCCAAGCCAUUGCCUUGAUGCUCACGAAUCAAAAACCUAAAGACGGGAUGAGACGGCGACCUGCCUUGUCUGAUCACGACGAACAAUCCGACGACAGUGAUGAAGAGGGUGCCGAGUCGCGAAAGCUCCCAAAAGGACUGAGCAAAUCCACUCUGGUUGUUGCACCUCUUGCAUUGAUCAAACAGUGGGAAUCUGAGAUCGAAACCAAGGUUGAGUCAUCUCACAGGCUUCGGGUACUUGUCUACCAUGGCCAAGCCAGAGCCAAGUCCACUGGCCGUUUGGAUGAUCACGAUGUUGUGAUCACUACCUACGGAACCCUGACUUCCGAGCACAACGCAGUGGCCAAGAACGACAAGAAGGCAGGUAUAUUCUCUGUCCACUGGUACCGCAUCAUCCUUGACGAGGCCCACACGAUAAAGAACCGUAACGCAAAGGCAACGCAGGCAGCGUAUGCACUAGAUGCCGAAUACCGUUGGUGCCUAUCAGGAACGCCUAUGCAGAACAAUCUCGACGAGCUGCAGAGUCUCAUCAGGUUUUUGCGAAUCAAGCCGUACAACGAUCUGGCUAACUGGAAAGACCAGAUCACUCGGCCAUUAGCUAAUGGCCGUGGUGGACUUGCCAUUGAACGGUUACAGGUUGUCCUAAAGGCCUUCAUGAAGCGCCGUACUAAGGAUGUGCUGAAACUCAACUCCAACCUUAAGCCUGGCGAAGAAGCCGCUGGGAAAAAGAAAAACCCCGGCUUCCAGAUUGUUAAACGUGAGGUGAUCAAGGUGGCAGUAGACUUUAUGCCGGGAGAGAAGAACUUCUACGGGCGACUGGAGCAGCGAACAGACAACAGUCUUGAAAAGAUGAUGGGCGACUCUAAGAUUGACUACGCCGGGGCGUUGACCUUGCUUUUGCGGCUUCGGCAGUGCUGUAACCAUCCCGAUUUGGUCAAAAGCGAUCUGGCUAAGGACAAGGAUAUCCUGCUACAGACCGGCACCUCGAAUAACAAGUCGUCGUCCAAGAAACAUGAUGAUCUGGAUGAUGUGGCGGAUCUCUUCGGUGCACUGAGUGUCGUGUCAAAAAAGUGCGACAUCUGUCAGAUGACACUGAGCCAGGCUGAAUCUACCGGCGGUGGUAGCAGAUGCAGCGAAUGUGAGAAAGAUUUCAACACACCCUUCGUUUCAGAUGGAGCCAAGAAGAAGAAGGCAUCCAAGGACAUCGUCGAUCUCACCGCAUCUCCAUCAGAACGCCAGUCAGAAAAUCGUAUGGCUCGCUUCCACAGAAAUAGAAAGGUCGUGAUGGAUAGCGACGAUGAAGAAGAGGAGGACGGCGAAUGGCUUGUCCCCGAAGGUCAGCGUACAGGGCUGUCCCUAGGCAAAGCUGGCGGAUCCGACGACGAAGAUGCAGAAGGAGGUGGCGAAUGGCUUCGAUCUGAUGAUUCUGAAACUGACGAUGAACCUGAAUCGCCCAGUCAGCGGGGACAUCGCCGGACGCCGCAGGUUGAGGAUGACUCUGAUGAUGAUAUAUUCUUGAACCCUGGAGACGACGAUAAUCAGGUGCUUCCAUCGACCAAGAUCCGCCAAUUGAUGAAAAUUCUCCGACGCGAGGCGCCGGACUUUAAGGUUAUUGUGUUCUCUGUGUUCACAUCGAUGCUUGACAAAGUUGAGCCAUUCCUCAACCGCGCGAACAUUGGUUAUGCACGGUACGACGGAAGCAUGCGCAAUGACCUCCGUGAGGCGAGCCUGGAGAAACUCCGGAACCACCGGGGAACUCGCGUGCUGCUUUGUAGUUUGCGGGCUGGAGCGUUGGGGCUGAAUCUCACUGCAGCGAGUCGUGUGGUCAUAUUGGAACCAUUUUGGAACCCAUUUGUGGAAGAGCAAGCGAUCGAUCGUGUGCACCGUCUCAACCAGACUGUCGAUGUCAAAAUUUACAAGAUGAUCAUCAAAGACACUGUCGAAGAGCGAAUUCUGGAUCUACAAGAUCGAAAGCGCGAACUGGCCAACGUCACAAUUGAGGGCAAGACGGCGGCUGCCAAACUGACGAUGAACGACAUGAUGGCUCUCUUCGGCAAGGACGCCGAGUCGCGAUACACGGGCGGCCAGAGCAGUCUGGAGUUCUCGCCGCAAAAGGGUAAUCUACUGAGACCGGACUAUGAGUCGUCCAGCCAAGGCCGAUCAGAUGCCGGCUCGGAGAGCUCUCGUGAUCGCAAGGGCAAACAAGAGAGGCGAGCGCCUUCAAGCGAAAACUCUGUUUAUGGUAGACGGUGGUAG